AAUGACGGUGACGCAUUUCCGGUUGAUCAAAGGUUCUUUUAAUUCGCAGCACACUUGGUGGCUAGGUCAUUUACUAACCAUUUAAUCAACUUUUUACAAGUAGUCUUUUUUUUUAAUCACACACACAUUCACACCGUCAUACGCGGUAAUUGAACUCACAGUGUCGGCACACAAGACAGGCAAGUGUACCCCUACCUACGCCAUCAGCGACUCCCGCAAGUCGUCUUUUAAGCGUCUCACGGUGUUUUCCAAAACUUUCGUUUGCUUGUCACGACCUGCUUUGAUUUGAUUUGUUUAUUUCGCUUCGCAGUUAUCCACUUAGCUUCGCAGUUAGCCACCUUCAAUCGAACCGCAAAUCAAAUCAUGGAUCAAAGUGGAGUCACUGCUCACAAACCUAAGAGCCCGUGGGGCAUGACGGCGACAGUGCCGGCCGUGUCGGGCUCCUCGCUGGCGGAUGUGAUGAGCGAGCAGCUGGCCAGACAGCUGGAAGAAGAAAAUCACAACUUUGGCUGCCUCACUGACUCAUCAGGUGUUUGGCUGAGCGACGACUCUGCCGAAACGACCAGUGACCUGAUGCUGGCUCAGAUGCUUCAGAUGCAGUAUGACCGAGAGUUUGAUGACCAGCUGCGUCGAGAGGAGAGGAAGUUCAACGGAGGCAGCAAAGUCUCCAUCUCCUUCGAGAAUUACCGCAAGGUUCAUCCUUACGAGGACAGCGACAGUUCUGAGGACGAGGUGGACUGGCAGGACACCAGGGAUGACCCCUACAGGGCAGCCAAGCCUCAGACCGCGCCCAGGAGAGGUUUUGCCGGGAAAGGCAAAAACAUCACAACCAAACACGAUGCGGUGAUGUGUGGCAGGAAGAACACGGCACGCAUGGACAACUUUGCUCCUGGGGUGCAAGUGGGUGACGGUCUGGGCAUGGACCUGAAAUUAUCCAACCAGGUGUUCAACUCCCUGAAGCAGCACUGCGUUAGCGAGCAGCGCCGGAGCGCCAAACUGCACGAAAAGAAAGAACACUCCACGGCCGAGCAAGCGGUGGAUCCCCGCACUCGUCUGCUGAUGUACAAGAUGGUCAACGCCGGCGUGUUGGAGAGCAUCAACGGCUGCAUCAGCACCGGGAAGGAGUCGGUGGUCUUCCACGCCAACGGAGGAAGCCUGGAGGAGCAGCCUGUCCCGGACGAGGUGGUCCUGAAGGUGUUCAAGACCACCUUGAACGAGUUCAAGAACAGAGACCGUUACAUCAAAGACGACUACCGCUUCAUCGACCGCUUCACCAAACUCAACCCUCGCAAGAUUAUUCGCUUGUGGGCCGAGAAGGAGAUGCACAACCUCAGCAGGAUGAGGAAAGCAGAGAUUCCUUGUCCGGACGUGGUGGUGUUGCGCAAACAUAUCCUGGUGAUGUCAUUCAUUGGACAAGAUCACGUCCCUGCGCCCAAGCUCAAGGAUGUGAUGUUAAGCUCUGACGACAUGAAGAAGGCCUUCCACCAGGUCUUAGAAAUGAUGCAGAAGCUGUAUAAGGAGUGUCAUCUGAUCCAUGCUGACCUCAGCGAGUACAACAUGUUGUGGCAUCAAGGAAAGGUGUGGUUGAUCGACGUCAGUCAGUCGGUGGAGCCCACGCACCCUCACGGCCUGGAGUUCCUCUUCCGAGACUGCAGGAAUGUUUCCACGUUCUUCCAGAAGCGAGGAGUGAGCGAGGCGCUCAGCAUCUUCGAGCUUUUCAACGCCGUGUCAGGACUCGACAUUCCCAUUGGUGCGGAGAAUGAGGCAGAGUUUGUUGCUGAGAUCGUAGCAUUGGAGAAGAGGAAUGAGGACCACGUGCAGCGGCGAGGAAAGAAAACGUUUGCUCUGGCGUCCACAGAUGACGAAGAGGAGGAAGAAAAACAAGAGGCCGACCCUCCUUUACGGACGGACGUGGACGACUAGUUCAGUGUUCGUCCGUUAAAUGGCCCUUGCGGGUCCCCCUCGCUUCUUCUCGCCGCCACAAUGACGACGAUGUGAGAGAAAAAUGGCUCCGCCCACAGACGGCCCCCACCGCACCUUUGUCUGGAUGCUGCUUAUUUUGACACCCUGCGCUGAGGAAGCUUAUCUUGUCUUCACACUUGGUUGUGUGAUGUGCAUUUGGGGGCUGCUGUGUGUUUUGUUUGAGGGUGAGGAUGAUGAGGAUGAAGACAAAGUGUGUAUGGAAGAGAUACACACAGAGUUGUUGUCUGUGGGACGAAUGAAAUUAGUGCUCGUUUCAUUUGUCACUCCUGUCUUUGGUUAUCACUUUUACUGGCAGGCAUGCCAACUUCUUGCCUUGUCCUCAAAAAUGAAACAUUAAAGGAUGAACACAAAUUAAAUCAGAA